AGCGUAAACCCGUUGCUCACUGUCGUAAUACAUCAGGCGGCACUUGAGACUUUAACACGGUGGUUACGGGUCUGAAACAACAUUUGAAAAAGCGUUUGCAGCAGAAACAGUCAUGGCAGACGAGGAGCUACCGCCAGGAUGGGAAAAAAGAAUGAGCCGCAGUUCAAACAGGGUGUAUUUCUUCAACCACAUCACCAACUGCAGCCAAUGGGAGCGUCCAGUAGGGGAUGGCCGUGGAGAGCCAGAGAAGGUUCGCUGCUCUCACCUCCUGGUCAAGCAUAAUCAGUCACGUCGUCCAUCCUCCUGGCGAGAACAAAAUAUCACAAGAAGUAAAGAUGAAGCCCUAGAAUUCAUUCAGAAAUAUAUAGAACAGAUCAAGUCUGGAGAGGAGAAGUUUGAGUCUCUGGCUUCUCAGUUCAGUGACUGCAGUUCAGAAAACGGUGGAGACCUGGGACUGUUUGGCAGAGGUCAAAUGCAGAAGCCUUUCGAGGAUGCCUCGUUUGCUCUCAAAGUGGGUGACAUGAGCGGCCCUGUUUUUACGGACUCUGGGGUCCACAUCAUCCUACGUACCGGUUAAAAGAACAAAAGCCUGUAUAACCUGCUCUCCUUUUCUUUGUCUACACACACAUACAAACACAAAACAACCGAUGACACAUACCACUCAGUAAACAAAGCUUAUGGGCUGAAGCAUGAUGUUUAAGAUUGAUCGUAACACGUAUGAAUGAUUGAACAUCUCAGUGUUGGAUUAUUCUUCUUAGGUCUGUAUUAAUCAUGUUGAUGCUUUUUUAUCAGAAUGAGUGCCUGUGGAAGUGAUUAUUUUUUCCACACGUGUCUAUAAAAGUUUGUGUUUUUGUCUGCAUGUGUCUUCAAAAGGACCAUUUACUGUAUUUAACAUCUUCCCUUUUCUACUUUGUGCCAACAGUUCCUAUGUGUUACUGUUCCAGAAAGCAGAUUCAUGACACGUUCAAGGUGUUAUUCUUAGUUUCUACAUUUUGCAUCGACUCAGUUGUUUUGUUUCUUGCAGAUAGCCAGAUCCAGUCAUUUCUUUUCAUCAUCCAUUUGGCAAAGUGCAUGUUUUCUCCUCUGCAGGACAUGCAAAGAUGGCACAGCAAUGAAUUUACAGAUUUUAACAAUCAGCUCUGCAGCUUUUAAUGCAUUAUAGUUAAGGUCAACUCUAACACUGUUGUCAUUGGGGCUCUUCCAUCAAUAAAAACCUCUUUUUUUUUGUA